AACACAAUCAGAUGCCCACGAAAGACCUGCAGUCAUUGUGUAAGCUAUACUUUACAAGUAUGGCAGCGGAAGCAACAAGUGUAGAAAGGGACGUCAAUCAAAUGGUUCAAUCAACAGAAUAUGGCUCAAUAUUGGAGAACAUAAACGACUGCGACUCAGGCGAGGGUGCUCUGACAUCUACUUACAUUCUGAAAAUGCUUGAGGCUGCGGCAAGUAGACGUUCAGUCAACAUUGUCUUAGUCGGCAAGAAAAAGGACUCUGCUAAUUUCUCAGUGAAAAAGGAUUCUGCAAAUGUCAAGGAAGCAGUGAAGAAGGAUGUAGAAAAUCAAAUACAGCUCACAGAGCAGAAGCAGGCCGAGUUCAACAAGCGCCCCGGGAAGAUCGGACGCCGGUCCUUCUCCCGCUCCAUCUCGCAGUCAUCCACGGACAGUUUCAGCUCAGCUCCCUCAGAGUCGGACAGUUCAGAAGAUGAGGGCACACCUCGCGACAAAGUGCAGAAAAACUCCAAAGGCAGCAGUGACUUCUGCAUCAAAAACAUCAAGCAGGCCGACUUUGGGCGCAGAGAGAUUGAAAUUGCAGAACAGGAGAUGUUAGCCCUUGUUGCACUAAGGAAGAGAGCUCAAGGGGAAAAACCUUUAAGUGGAGCCAAGAUAGUGGGCUGCACACACAUCACUGCUCAGACCGCGGUGUUGAUAGAGACUCUGGCUGUGCUUGGUGCUCAGUGCAGGUGGGCUGCCUGUAACAUCUACUCCACCCAGAACGCUGUGGCCGCGGCUUUAGCAGAGGCUGGAUUUUCAGUGUUUGCCUGGAAAGGGGAAUCAGAGUAUGACUUCUGGUGGUGCAUUGAUCGCUGUGUGAACCUUGAGGGCUGGCAACCAAACAUGAUCCUUGAUGAUGGGGGCGAUCUUACACAUUGCAUUUAUAAGAAGUACCCCCAUGUCUUCAACAAGAUUAAGGGCAUCGUGGAGGAGAGUGUCACUGGAGUUCACAGACUGUACCAACUGUCUAAAGCAGGAAAGCUGUGUGUGCCAGCCAUGAAUGUGAAUGACUCUGUGACCAAGCAGAAGUUUGACAACCUCUACUGCUGCAGAGAGUCCAUUCUAGAUGGUCUGAAGAGAACCACUGAUGUGAUGUUUGGUGGCAAGCAGGUGAUGAUAUGUGGAUACGGAGAGGUUGGUAAGGGAUGCUCUGCUGCUCUGAAGGCCCUGGGUGCCAUUGUGUAUGUAACAGAGAUCGACCCGAUCUGCGCUCUGCAGGCAUGCAUGGAUGGCUUCCGACUGGUCAAGCUGAGUGAGGUCAUCCGAAAUGUAGACAUUGUCAUCACAUGUACAGGCAAUAAGAAUGUUGUGAGGAGGGAACAUUUGGACCGCAUGAAAAAUGGCUGCAUGGUCUGCAACAUGGGACAUUCCAACACAGAGAUAGAUGUGGCUAGCCUGCGGAUGCCAGAGCUGACGUGGGAACGUGUGAGGUCACAGGUGGAUCAUAUCAUCUGGCCAGAUGGCAAAAGGAUCAUUCUUCUGGCUGAGGGUCAUCUGCUGAACCUGAGCUGUUCCACAGUUCCCACCUUUGUCCUCUCCAUCACAGCCACCACUCAGGCGUUGGCCUUGAUAGAGCUCUAUAAUGCACCAGAGGGACGCUACAAGCAAGACGUCUAUUUACUUCCAAAGAAAAUGGAUGAGUAUGUGGCCAGUCUUCACCUGCAAACAUUUGAUGCACACCUUACCGAGCUGACGGAUGACCAGGCCAAGUACCUGAGCCUGAACAAGAACGGGCCAUUCAAACCAAACUACUACAGAUAUUAGCACACAGCUAUAUAAACAACAAGAGAUAAAGGAGGGACUGUUGGACCAGAAGGAGAGUAUUGAAACUUGGUCCCAUUCACUACACUGCUGGGCCUCUUCAGCUGCUGGUACUCUGCUGCCAUCUAGAGGAAGACUUUGUAACUGUCUCUGAAACUGAAAAUCUUGAAUUUUUAGUCAAAACUACAGUGUUACUUUUUAAGUGAAUCACAAAUUAAACACUAUAUGAUUUUAUAUGUAAAUACAUGGCCCAUAUAUUUAAAUAGUGCUUUCAUAAUGUUGGUGUACUAUUGAGUAUUCUGUAUCAUCACUGUAGUUUGUGAGUUUGUCACUGCAUCUUAACAACAGAUCAUAAUAUACUGUAUGUGUAAUGCAUUAUUAUGAUUCAUAAAAAUAGCUCACUGAAAUAUGUAAUACUAUUGAAUAGUAAGUGUUUAAUUUUAAAUUAGUAAUACUGAUUAUUGAAAUAUUAUGUUAGAUUUAGCUGUUUUUGUUCUAAUUAUUCUGUGGGUGUAGCUGUCUAUCAUGUAGGCCACUUUAGCGUUAACACUGGAGCAGGAUGAGGGGAGUGGACUUAUUCUGUGCCUUUUGAAAACAUUUUUAAAUGUGUAAAAUAC